UCCAUUUUUAAGUUUAAACCCAAAACAUGUCAUUACAUAUGUGGAAAGAGAUAGGGUCGGUUCAAGUAUAUCCACAUCUCAUCAUAAUUUGUUACCCAAGUGUGAAAUUCGGGUUAACCAAUGAGUUGUUUAGAUAACCAAGGGUUAAGCAGAGAGACAGUUGAGCACCACAUAAGAGAGUUAUCUACAGUCAUCAUCCCUUCCCUUCAGAAAACACCAAACUUAUUAACACAAUUUCAUCAAAUACUCUCUAAACCCAUCCACCACCCCUUCCAUUUAUGGACCACUAACCAUUUUCACAAAUCCCUCUUAAUUACUCAUGGACAUACAAUCACCACCAACAACCACCACCCCCACCACCACCACCAGCCCGGUCAAAACCCUUGAUCCUGACCCUCGGAUCCAACCCAAUACCGACCCGAAACACCUCCCGCCGCCGUUCACAAACGGCGUGCUCAAGCGGCUCAAGCCGCGGCUCCACAACAAUCUACAGCCGGUGGUGGUCAGUUACAAGGAAUGUUUAAAAAACCACGCGGCCACCAUGGGUGGCCACGCGGUUGAUGGAUGCGGGGAGUUCAUGCCGUCGAUGACGUCAUCACCAACCGACCCAACGUCACUGAAAUGCGCAGCAUGCGGCUGCCACCGCAACUUCCACCGCCGUGACCCUGACGGAUCAUUCUUAAUCACACCCCAUGUUCAACAACACGUCAUCGAGUACCAACCCCACCACCGCCACCACCCUCCUCCACCACCACCACAACCACAACCACUUUCCCUCGCCGGAGCUAGAGAAACAAGUGUUUCCCCACCGGAUUCUCCGUCGCCACCGCCGAUCUCCUCCUCGUACUACCCGUCAGCCCCACAUAUGCUCCUGGCUCUCAGCACCGGCUUACCGGCUCCACCGUCGGAAAAUACUCAUACUCAUACUCAAUACACCUCAAUUCCGGGCACCGGUAACUUAAUCGGGUCACUCGGGUCAAACUCAUCCGGGAAAAAAAGAUUCCGGACGAAAUUCACCCAAGACCAGAAAGAAAAAAUGCACGAAUUAGCCGAACAAGUCGGGUGGAAGAUGCAGAAGAAAGACGAGGAUUUAAUCAUCGGUUUCUGCAACGAAAUCGGGGUCGAGAAAGGGGUUUUCAAGGUGUGGAUGCAUAACAACAAGAUGACAUUCGGAAGCAAGAAAGAUUCGGAUAGCCUCCACCCCACCGGUAACGGAUCUUCCACCGGUGGUGGUGGUGGUGGUGUAGAUUUCUUUAAUAUAAACAACCACCACUUGCAACACCAGCAGCAGCAACUACACCAGCAACAGCAGCAGCAACAACAGCCGCAGCAAAACGACAGCGUUAGCAGUGGAGGUGGGAAUGCAUCGUCGUCUUCUUAACUUAAUUAAUCUUGAUUAUGGAUGAUAAUAAGCCUUUGGUUAAAUAGAGAUAGCAAGAGAGAUAUGAUGAGAAUAUGAGGCUGUUGUUUGUUUUUUUUUAGUUAAUUAUUAUAUUAGAAGCUUUUUUGUUGGUUAAAUAAUUUGUUAAUGUUAUGGUUUAUCCAAAUUAGGAAAGUUGUUGUUUUGGUGAUCCUAGGUUUUUCAUCCAAUGAUGCUAUGUUUAGAAAGUACAUUAGAAUGAUCAACUUUAAUUAAAUAUA